UCAUUUGCAGAACAGCAACCAAUUUAAUUAUUUAAAUAAACAAAAAUUCAAUUAAGCCGUGAACCGUGUGUAUGUGUUGGUUCACCAAAAAUUAAGCCCAACAAUGUCCACAGCAUCCGGAUCCGAACCGCCCACCAGAUGCAGCAAAUGCCAGAAAGAGACAACAACCCCAACAAAUGCAACCGAAGCUGCCCACUGUACCGAUUGUGUUAACCUGGACGCAGCAGCAGCCGAGCAGCGAUUGGCGAAAACUGAGGAGCCUGUGAAAAUGGAAAUUGAUGCCGAUUUAACCACUACAGAGACACUGGACGAACUGGAUGAGCUGGACGACAACAGGCCAACGAUAAAUAUGCAAACGAAUGCCAAUGGCAAAGGUAUUGGGAAGGCCAAUCGGAAAACAGAAGAGCAGCCGCCAGCCAAGGAGGAGCCACCACACGCCACUCAAAUCUCCAAUGAGGCCAACGUGGCUGAGGUCAAGACGAAAGCAAACAGUCCCGCUACAGUCAAGGCCGAGGCCAGCCUUCUUGCCGAUGGCGAUGCUGCCGCUGAAGAUGUUAGCGCAUCCAAGAUGGCGGAGGCCAGCCCGGCGGAAGCGGCCGCGUCCCAGACGCCGCAGCGCGCUGGCAAAGUGACGCGCAGCAGCCUAAAUGGCGCCCGAUCGCCAACCAUAAUCAAACGGCUGCGCAAAAGCACGCGCAGCACACGCUUCAAAUCGAAGCUAACGGGACGUGGCAAUACAAGCGGAAGUGGUGCAAUCAAUGGCCACAAUGGCCAAGUCGUCGGCGGUGCUGCCGCUGGGCAAUCGCCUGGCGGUCCGUCACAUGCGGCCGGCGGUGCCAAGGCACAUGGCAAAACCGGAGCUGGCGGCGCUGGCGCUGCGUCCGGUGCACGCAAUCGGCGCACCCUUUUCAAGCGUCCCGCCCAGAAGACGCCGCGGGUGCAGGCCUGCACGCAGUUCGUGAAGAGCGUGUUCUACAAGGGCAGCUACAUGCAGAUCGGCGAUAUUGUGAGCAUCGUGGAUAGCGAACAGAACAUAUUCUAUGCCCAGAUCCGGGGCCUACUGGUGGAUGCCUAUUGCGAGAAAUCGGCGUUUCUCACCUGGCUGAUACCCACGCAGGACAGUCCCGAUCCGCAGGAGGGCUUCGACCCAGCCACCUAUCUGAUUGGUCCCGACGAGGAGCUCUCCCGCAAACUGUGCUAUCUGGAGUUUGUGAUGCACGCGCCCAGCAAUUACUACUACGAUCGGACGACGCCCUUUCCGCUGCCCGAUGUGGAUGAGUACACGACGCACCGCACCGGCGGCUAUAUCUGGACCCGAUUGCCGACAGUCAAACGGGAACGUGAGCGUGAGAGGGAGCGGGAGCGUGAGCGCGAGCGCGAUAGGGAACGGGAACGCAAGGCGGCUGCCUAGCAGAGGCCUAGGCUUAGGAGGCG